UAUAGUAAACAAAAACGAAAAAACCCGGAACAAAAUUGCAGAGAGAGCAAAUACCAGUAACAACACAGACUCGCCACUCGUCUUCUCAGAGAAGCCAACACCCUCCCCUCCCCCAAAAACUAAUCACACAGACACAAAAAAGCAAAAGGCUUUCAGAAAAUCCCCAGCCGUAGAAUACAAUACAAGAUUCAAUAAUCUCGCUUCCUCUCCAAGCCAUCAUUUAUAUAUAUGCUCGAUCAAAUUCAUCAUCAUCGCCAUUCAAAGCUUUCACGAGAAGUUGGUACCUUCUUCUUCUUCUCACGGAAAAGCGUUCUUCUCUGAACCCUUUGCAGCUACUAUAAAUAUAAAAGCCUUAGUCUUUCACACUCAGUAGGCUAGGCUAGCUGCAAUGGCGGAGAAGCAGAUUAAUGGGGUUGGGCUAUUGCAGCAAUAUUGGUGCAUUGUGUUCUGUAUUUACUUGCAAUUCAACUCCAUUGCUGUCGCGAUUCUCGACCCGGUUGAUUUCUUGGCUCUGCAAUCCAUUCGCAAAGGUCUCGACGAUUUGCCCGGGUCUAAUUACUUCGCCUCCUGGGAUUUCACUUCCGACCCCUGUAAUUUCGCCGGCGUUUACUGUGAUUCCGACAAGGUUAUUGCUCUCAACCUCGGCGACCCCAGAGCCGGCGCUCCUGGUCUAACCGGUCGGCUCGACCCCUCCAUCGGCAAGCUCUCCGCCCUCGCCGAGCUCUCCAUUGUCCCUGGUCGGAUCUACGGCGCUCUCCCCCAGUCCAUUUCCCAGAUAAAGAGCCUCCGCUUCCUCGCCGUCAGCCGCAACUUCCUCUCCGGCCAGAUUCCGGCCAGCCUCUCUCAGCUCCGCAACCUCCGUACUCUCGACCUCAGCUACAACAUCUUCACCGGAGCAAUCCCCGCCUCCAUCGGAACCCUACCGGAGCUCACCAACGUCAUUCUCGGCCACAACCGCCUCUCCGGCCCGGUCCCUCCGUUCACCUCCAAAUCCCUAACCCGCCUCGACCUGAAGCACAACGACUUGUCCGGUACGCUCGCUCCCAACUCCCUCCCUCCCUCACUCCAGUACCUCUCUCUCUCCUGGAACCGCCUCUCCGGCCCGGUCUACGGCCUCCUGAACCGGCUUGACCAGCUCAACUACCUCGACCUCAGCAUGAACCAGUUCACGGGUACAGUUCCGGGUCGGGUAUUCACCUUCCCAAUCACCAACCUCCAGCUCCAGAGAAACCUCCUUUUCGGCCCGGUCCAGCCCUCCGAUCAAGUCUCGAUCCCCACCAUUGACCUCAGCUACAACCGAUUCUCCGGCGAAAUCUCGCCGCUGUUCUCCACCGUCCAGAAUCUCUACUUGAACAACAACCGGUUCACGGGUCAGGUCCCGGGUCCUUUCGUGGACCGGUUGCUGGCGGCGAAUAUUCAGAUACUGUAUCUCCAGCACAACUUUCUGACGGGGAUUCAGAUCAAACCGACGGCGGAGAUUCCCCUGAGCAGCUCGCUGUGUCUGCAGUACAACUGCAUGGUCCCGCCGGUGGAGACGCCGUGCCCGUUGAAGUCCGGGAAGCAGAAGACGAGGCCUACUGCGCAGUGUAACGAGUGGAGAGGGUAGAGAUGGAAAUUCGGAUUAUACUCGUGGGUAUUAUGGGAAGUUCAGAUGGAUGGAGGAGUAAACUAUUUAUGUUUAUUUUGUUGGGGGUCCUUUGAGAUUCAUUUAUUUAUUUUUGUGGAAAAAUAGGGGGGGAGAGGUAAAAAUGAUGAAUAAUAAAGAAGAUUUGUGGAUAUCUCAGAAAUAGUGUAACUUGUGUAGGGGGAAAAUUAAUUUAAUUUGUGCUCUACCAUCAAAUAUGAACACUUUUUUUUUUUUUUUGGCAAAA